AUGGCGAACUAUGCGUGGCUCCUAGUUGCGCUUCACGCCUUUGUGGCUGAUGCAGCUACGAAGCGGUCCCCAACUCCACCCAUGGGAUGGAAUAGUUAUAAUAAAUAUAGCUGUUCACCCACCGAGGAUAUCAUCAAGGAUAACGCACAAGGGCUUAUUGACCUCGGCCUGGCUGAUCUCGGCUAUCUUUCCGUCACCACAGAUUGUGGAUGGCCCGCAAAGGACCGGGACUCUGAAGGUAGGAUGCAAUGGAAUAAAGAUUUAUUCCCCUCCGGAGGCAAGGCUCUUGGCGAUUUCAUUCAUGGGCUUGGUCUGAAAUUUGGUCUUUACUCUGGCGCUGGAUACCUUCAAUGCGGCUCCACCGACUUGCCAGCAUCUCUUGGCUAUGAAGAGAUCGACGCAGAAUCCUUUGCUGAGUGGGGAGGUGACACCCUAAAGUACGACAAUUGCUAUUCCACUUCAAGCACCGUGAUGGUCGACUCCGACUCUGCCGAAGCGCAGUCGCCAGCUCGUUUUCAGAAGAUGGCAGCGUCCUUGGACCAAGUGGAUCGAGACAUAGCAUAUUACAUCUGCCAGUGGGGCAUUGGAUAUGACGUUGGCGAAUGGGCCUCUGCUAUUGGAAACUCUUGGAGAAUUAGCAACGAUAUCUACGGAGCCUGGCGUAGUAUCUGGCGUAUUACCAACGAAGCCCUUCGAUAUUACAAGGUCACAACAGUCGGGGCGUUCCCUGACUUGGAUAUGCUUCUCGUUGGUCUCGGUGCACUAUCUUAUGAAGAGGAACGUUUCCACUUUGGCAUGUGGGCAAUUCAUAAGUCUCCUUUGAUUCUUGGUGCUGUGAUGCACAGUGGAAACAUCCCCGCCGAAUCUUUCAAGACUUUGUCCAACAAGGAAGUCAUUGCAAUCAACCAGGACUCACUUGCCAAGCAAGCAGAGCUGAUUCUUCGCUCUACGGAAGAGGAAUGGGAUCUCUGGGCAGGCGAGCUGUCGGGAUCACGUAUGGUUGUCGGCAUUUCCAACUGGAGAAACAAUUCGCAGACUGUCGAAGUUGACCUGGGUCUUCUCGGGGUGGCGAAAGCUAAUGCCAGGGAUCCUUGGGCCGGCAGCGACAUUGGAUCUGUGUCUGGUGUGAAGACUGUCAAUUUGGCUGCACACGAGAUGAGGCUGUGGGUUUUGUCCAACAUCCAGAGCACCACGCCUCCUCAGUCUGCGGGAUACUACUCCGCUGUUGGUGCGACUCUCAAAGGUUCCGCCGCCCUCUCAAAGUGUAGCAGCAGUGAAUGUCUACCCACGAACCAAAAGGUUGUUAACCUUGGAUCUGGCGCGAGCGCGACCUUCAACUCGGUCAAGGCCACUGGCAGCGGUACAAAGCUUGUUGCAGUGGACUACAUCAACUACGAGUAUGCCUUCACUACAGCCUGGGGCUGGGGCUCCAACACUCGAAACAUGACAAUUUCCGUUAAUGGAGGGGCCGCAAAGAGGUGGGCGUUCCCAGUUUCUGGCGGCGACUGGUACGAGACUGGACGGAUGACAAUUGAGGUGGACGGCUUUGUGGAUGGAAAGGCGAAUAGUCUUACAUUUGUUGUUCAUACCGGAGAUCAGUGGGCUCCAGACCUGGUCGGACUGGAGAUUUUUGAAUAAGUUGCUUUGAAGACUGAUCUAGACUCUACGCAGCGGAAGUUGAGCGUGUUACAUAUUGGGAUGUCCUCUCUAAAGCUGCACUGAUG